AUGUUAACUUCCAAUAGUGAAUUAGAUUCAUCUAGAUCGAUCGAUAAUGAAAAAUCAAGAAAAUAUUCUCGUGAAUGUCGAAUAUGUGGAGCUCCGGCUGAAUAUAGAUAUUUUGGUAUUAUUGCAUGUACUUCACGCAAAACAUUCUUUAAACGAAAUGCUAAUUCUACAAAGAUACGAUUUAAAUGUGAUAAUAAUGAUCAAUGUAAAAUCAAUAUAAAUAAUCGUCAUAUACGUACUUCAUGUCGACUUGCUAAAUGUUUUCAAUGUGGAAUGAGUACCGACAUGUUUCGAGCACCAAGACAAACAAAACCAAAAUCGAUUAGUCUAAUUAUAGCACAAAUAAAGGAUCAGCCAGAACGGGUGAGAUUAUUGAAAAAUUCAAUGUUAAUCUACACUUGA